GACCAGACAAUCAUUUCCUCUGUGUGCAUUAUCAGCAAAUUGACUGACUGAUGUCUCGAUCGUCGCUCGGCAGUCUGACCGCCCGCCGACCAGUUUCAGUUCAAUCGCAGCAAGCGCAAAAUGCAGAGCACGCGUGUAAUUUCAGUUCUAUUGGUGGCCAUUUUGGCCUCGGUAGCGGCAAUCCCAGUAGGCGUCGACGUCGACAUAUCCGAGCAAAUCUCGGCCUCGAUCGAAGCGGUCAAGAACGUGGGAGUUUUUCAAGCCGGGUCUCAGAAUGCGGUGCCGAAUCGCCUUCCGGGUCAGGACGGCAAAGUGGGUCAACAGCUGGUCUACACCCUUGGACAACGGGUUGCAGGUGAUCGCCUUGUGUCGACCAAGACGGAUAGCAAACAAUGGCCUACGCUACAGGACGUAACGCUGAGCUUGGCCUAUCCACAGUCCGGUGUAGGGGCGGUUGUGACGUACGUGCAGGUGAUCGUAAAGCAGAGUAGCAAUCUCGGCAAGGGUUACGUCGUUUCCGGUGGAAUCGGUCAGCGUUUCAUCCACCUGAUGAUCGAGGCCUACAGUACCACCUACUUCAACUACAGUGUUCAAAUCUUUGGUUUGUAAUCUAGUAAGCACUUACCUCGUAAUAAAAUCCCGGAUUGUAGCUAGCGCCUCCGAACAGAAA